GUACCAUCCUGAUAAGGAUCCAAAUGAAGGCAGAAAGUUUAAACAGAUUUCUCAAGCUUAUGAAGUUCUUGCUGAUUCCAAAAAAGGGAGUUAUAUGAUAAAGGAGGAGAGCAGGCAAUUAAAGAGGGUGGAGCAGGUGGUGGUUUUGGCUCACCCAUGGAUGUCUUUGAUAUGUUCUUUGGAGGAGGAGGGAGGAUGCAGAGAGGAAGGAGAGGUAAAAAUGUUGUGCAUCAGCUCUCAGUGACCUUAGAAGACUUGUGUAAUGGUGCAACAAGAAAACUGGCUCUACAGAAGAAGGUGAUCUGUGACAGAUGUGAAGGCCGAGGUGGUAAGAAGGGAGCAGUAGGGUGCUGUCCCAACUGUCGUGGGACUGGCGUGCAAAUAAGGAUUCAUCAGAUCGGACCGGGCAUGGUUCAGCAAAUUCAGUCAGUGUGCAUGGAAUGCCAGGGUCACGGAGAAUGCAUUGGUUCUAAAGACAGAUGUAAAAGCUGCAAUGGAAGAAAGAUAGUUCGAGAGAGGAAGAUUUUAGAAAUUCAUAUUGAUAGAGGCAUGAAAGAUGGUCAGAAGAGAACAUUCCAUGGUGAAGGAGACCAAGAGCCAGGACUGGAGCCAGGAGACAUUAUCAUUGUGUUAGACCAGAAGGACCAGGCUGUUUUUACACACCGAGGAGAAGCUCUUUUCAUGUGUAUGGACAUACAGCUGGUUAUGGCAUUGUGCGGCUUCCAAAAGCCAAUGUCCACUCUUGACAGCAGAACCAUAGUCAUCACCUCUCAUCCGUGUCAGAUUGUCAAGCAUGGAGAUAUAAAAUGUGUGCUAAAUGAAGGUAUGCCAACAUAUCGUCGGCCAAAUGAAAAAGAAUGUCUAAUCAUUGACUUUAAGGUCAACUUUCCUGAGAAUGGCUUUCUCUCUUCUGAUAAUCUCUCUUUGCUGGAAAAACUCCUUCCUGAAAGGAAGGAAGUAGAAGAGACUGAUGAAAUGGAUCAGGUAGAACUGAUGGACUUUGAUCCAAAUCAGGAAAGACAGCGUCAUUAUGAUGGAGAAGUGUAUGAGGACGAUGAACAUCACCCCAGAGGUGGCGUUCAGUGUCGGACCUCUUAGUGGACCAGUUACUGUCUGUCACUCUAU